AUGUCGUUCAAGAUCGCAGCGGUUUUAGUUCUCCUGGCGGUGGUGGUUGUUAGUGUUGAGAAUAAGAGUCGUUUCUUACCUCGACUAAGGUACACCACCGGCGGGCAACGUGUCGUCGGAGGGUUCGAGAUCGACGUGGCCGAGGCUCCGUAUCAAGUAUCCCUACGGUUUUUCGAGAAUCACGGCUGCGGUGGAUCCGUCCUGAACAACAAGUGGAUUAUGACUGCCGCUCACUGCACCUUUCAAGUACCUCUGUCCGCCUUGUCCGUACGAUACGGAUCUUCUUUGCACGCCUUCGGUGGUACUGUGGUUGCUGUAAAACGGGUCAUUGAGCACCCAGGAUAUAACCCCACAACGAUUGACUACGAUUUCUCGUUGCUGGAAUUGGAGGGUGAAGUCAUCUUCAGUGAAUUGGUUCAGCCGGUCGCUCUUCCAGAGCAAGAUGAAUCCAUUGAGGAUGGAACUCUAACCACCGUGUCCGGAUGGGGAAAUACCCAGAGUGAUAGCGAAUCAAACGAAGUUCUGCGGGCAGCCAAUGUGCCCACUGUGAAUCAACAGGAAUGUGUCGAUGCAUACGCUAUACACGAAGGCGUUACCGAUCGAAUGCUGUGCGCCGGAUACAAGCAGGGAGGCAAGGAUGCGUGCCAGGGAGACUCCGGUGGUCCGUUGGUUGCAGAAGGGAAGCUGGUUGGAGUUGUAUCGUGGGGAUACGGCUGUGCCAUGCCCGGAUAUCCGGGAGUAUAUUCUCGAGUGGCCAGUGUUCGCGACUGGGUACGCGAGAACACUGGAGUCUAA